UUCACUUAGCUGUCUCUUCUCACAUUCCAGGGUGCCUCAGGGUUAGCUAUUCAUCAUGGUUACCCGUAGAGCUGCAUUUGAGGAAAAGUUGAGGGCUACGUUGAAAGAAUUGGAAACUAGCAAAAACCUGUGUAAACAGCUGCUACAAGAACGGGAUGAUAGCGAGGUAGAAGUUAAGGUUAUUGUAGACAAGAACACUGAACUUAAGAACCAGUUGGCUGAAUUACAUAUAGAACAUAUGGAUUUACUCGACCAAAAUCAACACCUAAAUCAACUUGUAUCAAACAUGCAAGAGUGCAGCGACACACAUGAACUGGCCUUAGGACGGAUCUCUGAGCUGGAACAUGAGCUAAGCAGAGCCCACAACACCAUCACACAGUUGGAGUCUGCAAAGUCCAGUGAACGGUCUGCGAACACCUGCAGCCUGUACGAUGAACUUGUUGGUAGUGCGUCUGGUUCUUGUAAUCAGCCAAUGAUAACAAUUGACUUGACCAAUGAUACUUUAGUACAGAAUAAAAUUACAAGUAAUACACACAACAAAAUUAAAAAAUAUUUAAAAAUUAAUAAGGUUGUCAAAAAACUUAAGAAAACUUUGAGAAAGUACACAGUUUUUAAAUCGAAUAACAUAUUAAGAAGAAAGAACAUUAAUUUAAUUAAAGAUUUAAAUAAUUGUGAACAUCAAUUGGACAUUAGUAGGACAAGGUAUGAUAGUGACAUCCAACGUUUACAAGCUGAACUUUGUAUUAAAGAAAAUACCAUUAGGGACAUUUUCCAUAAAUAUGAAGAUUCACAGCAGGACCUAACAAAGCGUUUGCAGGAGGCCUGUGAGCUGGUAGACUUAGUCAUACAAAAUGCAGAGAAGUAUGACUUGCUUACAAAUAACAUCUCUUGUAACUGUUCAUGCCUCCCAACAUCUGAAACUCACUGUGUAACACCCACACACGUGCCACAGUGUGUGUCACCCUCACAGGAGCCCCAGUCUGUCACAACCCUGGCCACUCAAUUUGAAGAAUAUUCAGACAAGGUUACAAGUUAAAUAAGGACCACUACUUAGCGAUAAUUGAUCCUGAUAUUGAGUUGUGUAGCGGUGAGUACGUCAUGCUCCCUUAGACGGCACUGCUUGCGGUAGCGUCGGCGGUCGGGUUGCUUCCCUCCCUCAAAGAUGUGCGAGGGGGGCGAUGGCUGAUCCUCGCGUUAUGCUCGUGAACGGGUGCUGCUUGUGGUGCCAGGUCGUCUUACUGACUAUACUAUAAGUAGUAUUAUAUAAUUUUGUAGACUCUUUUCUUAUACUUCCUUUUUUUUUACUGGCUGAGCGGUCCAAUUUACUAGAUUCAUUACUUACCCAUGUUGUACAUUACACAGGGUUGCAAUAGAAUAUCACAUGAAGGUGGGCACUCCCUCAUAAACUAUUAU